AUAUUGGGCAAUUAUCAGGUUAUAGGUUUAGUUUUAUAGGUUGUAUUUUGCAUACCAGUUUGAAAUACCGCAUAACAAGACCGAUACGUUUGAGGACAUGGGAAUACCAAAAUCGUGCGAGAGAGAAAAGUCAGGAGAACCAAAGUUGCUUUAUAGACAUACAGACACUACAACAAUGGUCGGGACGAGGAGCCGAUCUUUAGCGGGUACUGGAUCCGCCCCUACCCGCGGACAGGUCGUCUUCCACGCGAUACUUGUGACCACGUGUGCGGCCUCUUUGGUCGUAACAGCACUGAUGGCCGACAGACUUUUUAAACUUGAAAAUAAUUUUGAAACAAAGAGUUUAAAGCAAAAAGGAUUGAUAACAAGUCUACAAAGCGAGUUGGAUCGUGUCAUUGCCAGAGUUGAAGAAAUCAGGAUGCCUACUUUUGAAGACUUUGAAUCUAGAUUACAAAAACUCGUGGAUCAGAGAAUGCUGGAAGAAGAAGUGAAGCCACGUGCAAGAAGAUCGACUUCGGACUGCACGUGUCCACCAGGGCCCAAAGGAGAUAAAGGUCGGCGGGGAAGAAGGGGUGUUGCGGGUCGAAAUGGCAUAAACGGAUUCCCGGGGCCGAUAGGAAUGCCAGGGCGCCCAGGCGAAAAGGGGUGUCCUGGCGAAAGGGGACUAGUCGGACCAAAAGGAGAUGCAGCCAAGCCAAUGUUUGCUGGUCCCAGAGGAUCCCCGGGACUUCGUGGACCUCCAGGAUUCCCGGGACCUAUCGGGAUGAAAGGCGAUAGGGGUGCACCAGGAAUUGCAGGUCGAGAUGGAGCUAAGGGCGAACCUGGAAUGACACAAUAUGGAGCGGAUUCGGUUCAGAGCACCGAGCCCCGUCCUGCAAGCCUGCUUCAGCCACCCCAGCAAGUUUAUUUAGUGACAUCGUCGCAAGAGUACGAAAACCUGCUCUCGUCUAUGAGUGCGGGAGAUCGGUCAAAGGUUGAUUUCAGAGAUGGUUUCAGAAUCAAUGCCCACAAAACAGAAAAACUUUACGCUUACGAGACUGAAGGCAAACCUGGCGCACAGGGUCCCCCCGGCCCUCCUGGGCCUCCUGGCCCACCCGGACCGGUGGUUUAUGGCGUCAACGGUACUGACGGACGACCAGGUAUGCCUGGAUUACCAGGACCUAAAGGCGCAAAGGGCGAAACAGGUACUCAGGGAUUCGAUGGUGCUAAAGGUGAUAGAGGAGACAGAGGACUACCGGGUCCAUUCGGAAGAGCUACACAAAGCUUAUUUACGAGCGGCUCAACAUUUGGCCGAGGCGGUCAUUUUUCGACAGUGGGUAAAGACGGCCUACCCGGUACAUCGGUAGAUGUUUCCACAAUUGUUUCUAGACAGGAGAUGCAAGAAGCGAUUAAGAACAGAGUUGGAGCCACUGGACCACCUGGCCCUCCAGGCCCCCCAGGUUUAUCAAUGAUUGGACAAAAGGGAGAACCAGGCCAACAGGGAAUUAAAGGCGAACAGGGCGAAAAUGGUAAAGAUGGUGAACAUGGAAUAGGUAUCAAAGGAGAGGCCGGUGAAAAGGGAGAAAUGGGUGGAAGCGGAUUGGAUGGUAUCCCUGGAAUAAAUGGCGACAAAGGCGAAAAGGGACAAGAAGGCGUUGCUGGCCGUGACGGACUUAAAGGUGAGCCAGGUGAAAUGGGACCUUCCGGACCAGUUGGAAAUGUGGGACGAACGGGCAGACCAGGAAUAAACGGAAAGAACUGCUCAUGUUCGUCAGACUACCGUGGAUCGAGAACAAACAUAUUUAUCCCCGGACCACCAGGCCCGCGAGGUACACCAGGUUUAUUGGGUCCACCUGGACGUGAUGGUACUGGAAGACCAGGACCGACUGGUCCCCGUGGAGAAAAGGGAGACAUGGGAUCAAUGGGACUCCCGGGCCCAAGCGGUUUAGAUGGCUUCCCAGGAGAACCCGGUCUACAUGGCUUGCCCGGCGAAAAGGGUGACAAGGGCGAACAAGGACCUUUGGGAUUGAGUGGAACAUCUGGACCACAAGGUGACAAGGGUAGCAGAGGAUUGCCUGGUCUUCAAGGGCCUGACGGUCAACGAGGUCCAAGGGGCCCUAAAGGACCAAGGGGUGCACGUGGUAAACGUGGAAGAAAAGGCGUGAAAGGAGACCUGGGUAUACCAGGCCUUGAUGGUGUGGAUGCAAGGUCACCAGAUUAUGACGAACUGGGUACAGACGGAUUACCAUUGGCUAACUGCUGGCAAAAGCGAUAGCAUGCAACGACCAAUACGGUUCGUACCGUAUAUUCGUCAUGGAAAGAGUUUGAAAGUCGCCAUAUUGAAAGACUGCAGUGCUGUGUUGCCAUUUGUAUAAUGCACGAAUUUGCUGCGGCAUUGCCCACAAACAACGUUUUGAAAGACUGCCGAUGACGCGGCGGAUCACACGCGGGACGAUGCGUUCCCAUGCGUGAGUCCGCUCGCGACAUUUGCGUCUGCGUGCAAGAUAUAACGUAGCACGCCGAGCGUUGCGGUGGAAAACAAUCAAAUGAAAGCAUGAACACUAUCAUGGGUGAUGCUGCUAAAUCAUUUACGCGAACUAAGCGGUGAAAAUAAAAAUUAAAACUAAUUCGUAAAACGAUUUUAGUCUGUGGAAACGGGUUUCGUAAAUGAAAUUUUAGAAAAUUUUAUAAACAUUUAAUUUUUUAUAAAUCUUUUUAUCGCGUUCGAAAACCGUUUACCCACAAGCAUGAUGAUUUUACAAAUUAAAUUUUUCGUGCAAAUUAUAUAUUAUUAAUAUGGUGUGUAUUUUAUUACGCAAGUCUGAAGUCUUCUAUACUCGGCCAUUUAUGAAUCGGAGAUAAGUUUGCUUUUACCACAUACAAUAUUUGCGUUUCAUUAUGGACCGAGUAUUUUAUGAAGAUUUUUUUUGACUUGCGACGUCAUGACUUUCUGCAUGUUUGUGUAACGAUUUCAUUUCAUUACGUCAUUCAUACGUCAUUAUUGAAUCAUUGUCAUGCGAUUUACCUUUGGCCAAACCGAACAUUCAAACCAGUCCUAUAGCUGGAUUUAUAAUCCCAUUGCCAUAAGGAAUAUAGAGUAGCCAAUGGAAAACAUCAUAAAAUAUACAUGGUCCGGUUUCAACCAAGGUCCGAGAAUGUCCGUUUACAUUUUUUACCCGGUCGAUCACACUUGACCAAACGUGAAAUUUGUUUGGUGACAAGUAUGAUUCGGAUAUGUUACGUAGAUCGGAAAGGGCCUUGGAUGUUUAUGAGAAUCUAAGUUGGAAUACCAAUCGUGUGCUUUUGAUUUCUAAUAAAUAAUGACACACUCGUUCGAUUACGAACCGAAUCUAGUACGUGUCGUUAUUUUUAAAAUUCUGAGAUUCAUUUGAACGUAAGUGCGUUUAAUUUGUGUGGUUUUGGAACUUGUAUAAUAGACACUGAAUCUAAGAGGCCUCCAAUUAAAUCGGCCUUCACUCGUCCUCGCUUUAGAGUACUAACACUUCGGAGUAUUCAAGUUUGUAACAGUUAAACAAUAUGUAAUAUAAAAAGUUCAAAAAAUUUGCAGAACAAGAACAUAUAAUUCGUGAAUAACUGUUCUUGUAUGGAUCCCAUUUACUUCAUUUGAAUCUCAGACGUUUUAAAUUUUGUUAUAAAUUGAUUUUUAUAUAGAAAAUGAAAUAUAAUUGCUUUAUUACUUAAUAAUUUUAAACAUUUUUGUUAUUCCGUAAGUAUACUUCGUUACUCGUUUUGGGAUUUUACUGUUUUUUUUUGAUAUUUGUAUAUCCCAUAAGCAAAAUCAACUACGCACAUCGCAAAGACAUUCAAAUGUCCAAUCUAAAUCUUUCUCUGAUACCGAAAUCGAUUAAUUUGAGUAAUGUGUAAUGACGUUUCUGAGUACUUUUAAAAUCAAAUUCCUAGAGGAAUAAAUCAAGGUAUGGGUAAAACCUAAGUUUUCGCUGCUUCAUCGCUUAAUUAUAACGUACAAGGUUUAACCGUCACUUAGUUAGUUUUAGUUAUCGGACAAUCUUAUUUUUAUCGUUUUUUGAUUACUUUUAUCAAUAUUAUUUUAAAAUAAUUUCUUUAUUUUUGAUUAUUUUAUUCGCUUGCCCAUCUAAUUUUCCCGUGAAUUUUCAUUUGUUUUUAUUAAGAUCGGUUAUUUGUGCGUUGCUAAUCAGCAUGUUUUGUUAGUAAAAUUGUCACAGAGACUAUCAAACUUGA